UUACUUGAAAUUCAUCUAAUUUUGCCGUAUUUUCUUUCAUCUCUUUCCUCCCGGAUGGAAUUGUGGAAAAGUGUGGAACUCUUUAGCCGAGACACCAUGGAUUCUAUAUAUUUCUUGCUAUGUUUUGUCCAGUGACAAUUUGCCUUUGAGCCAGGGAAGUUUGUGAAAAUAUUUUCUCCGUGAAAAAAUGUAAUUUCCUCUGCGAAAAACCAUCUCACACGAGUCAGAAAUGCUUCCCAAAGUGAUAUUAAUUGCCUGUGGGGCCUUUAGUCCCCCCACACCGAUGCAUUUCCGCAUGUUUGAGAUUGCCAGGGAUUACUUCCAGCAGAUGGGCACCCACGAGGUGGUGGGUGGCAUUGUGUCGCCCGUGCACGACUCGUACGGCAAGAAGGGCCUGGUGGCGGCGAAGCAUCGCUCGGCAAUGCUGAAACUGGCCCUGAAGUCGUCCGACUGGAUCCGCGUGUCUGAGUGGGAGACGCACCAGGAUGGCUGGACGCGGACGAGAGUCACGCUGCAGUACCACCAGAACUACAUAAACUCGCUGCUGAGCGACGACAGCAGUGACACGGUGCCUGGAUGGCUGCCCGGGAACCUCAAGCAGAUGAGCGGAACGGUGCAGGUGAAGCUCCUCUGCGGAGCUGAUCUUCUGGAAUCUCUGAAUGUGCCUGGGCUGUGGGAUCCCGAUGACAUUGAAGCAAUUCUGGGGCACCAUGGAAUUGUCGUGAUCUCGAGGAGUGGCUCGAAUCCGGAGCAGUUCAUCUUCAAUUCCGACAUCCUCAGCAAGUAUCGUCGCAACAUAACGAUUGUUACCAACUGGGUGCCAAACGAGGUGAGCUCCACGAUGAUAAGGCGCCUGUUGAGCCGCGGGCAGUCGGUGAAGUAUCUGCUGGACGAUUCCGUGACUGAUUACAUCAUGAAGAACUCACUCUUCGGGGCGAACAGUCAUAAGUACAUUCUAACGCCAAAUCACAAUGAGAUCGCAUACUUGCAUCCGCCAUCGCCGAGUGGUCGCGAGGAUGGCAUCGUGCUGAAUCUGCACCAGGUGGACAAUAGUGUGCGCCAGAGGCAGUUCGAGGAGAUGGACGAGACGGACUUUCCGUCCCACAAGUCGCCCACGAACUCCACGAAUGGGAGUGGCGCCGAGCUGAUGCGCCCGAAGAUGUUCUGCUGCGGUGACUCGCUCAACAUGAAGACACUGCGCAAUCGGCCCGGGCAGGCGGUGCAGAUACGCACGGACGCGUCGGGGAGUCACAGCGCGUACGACCCUGACGAGGUAAAGAAUAAGAAAUUGAAGACAACCGCAUGCCCCCUUUAGAUGAUGUUCGAAGACCAAAAAGAAUGUGUUGUUGUUUUCCGGCUGCUGUUUUAUUCUUUUGUGAUGUUUAACUGCAAAAUAUUAUGUCCUUCUGUUCCUUUUAUGAAAAUUUUUUAUUUCACUGUAUAAAAUAUCCAUAAGUUAUUACAAUUACAUAAAUCGAUUGAAUCUAGAAUUCUAGUGUUAAAGGAAUUUUUUUGGCAGAAAACUUUAUUCAUGCUCUUCUCUAGUAAGUUCAUAAAUAGCCGACAUCUUAUUGCGUUAAAUCUUUUUUUUUUGUGUUGAAAAUCUAGGAAAAAGACUAUUUAUUUUCUAUACCAGUUUCAAAUUCAAAAAAUUACAAUAGACUUUAGUUGAAUAGUUUAGUCUUAGAUGUAGAUUAAAUAGUAUUUUACUACAUUAUCAUGAUGGGUGAAUUGAUAUUUUAGUAAUCAAAGAUAAAAAACAACCACUUG